AUGGGACAAGCAUUCUCAGGACCCAAUGCCUUCAAGUUCUUUGGCUUCACACCAAAAGCCACAGCCGUUCUACAAGCAAACCCGAUUCUACUCGUCAUUCUGGUCGUUGUUCUGCUUGCAAACAUUAGCUUGGGAUUAUUGGCAUAUUAUAUCCAUUUCGUUACGAACAAGCCUUACGCGAAGCCGAAAAAAGUGAAGGACGCACCGAAA